AUGGACAAAGAAGCCGAGAUGGAGUUCGCUCCCAUCACGGAGCGGACUUUAACCGCACUCGAUGAGCGAGAGAUCGAAACCUUGAACCGCAUUGCUUCGAGUAAGCUCGGUCAAAAACUAUCGCUUACUGCUAGCCGAAGAGAAAGUAGGGAUCCCCGAUUAGAUCCCAGCAGCCCGGAAUUUGAUCACCAUCGAUGGGCGCAGAGCGUACUCUCUCAAGUACAUGAAUCGGGAAUUGAUAUUCCUCACCAGAGCGUGGUCUUUUCAGACCUUUCAGUCAGCGGCUCUGGUUCUGCAUUGCGAUUCCAGGAAACGUUGAUCUCCACUCUCACACUGCCCUUUCGCCUCGCUACUAGAGCUCUUUCCGGAACCCGUUCACCCCCUCGCAAAAUCCUUCACAGCUUCGAUGGUCUUCUACAGGGUGGAGAGCUCUUGCUUGUCCUGGGUCGACCCGGCAGUGGAUGUACGACUUUUCUCAAAACGAUCUGUGGACAUCUGGGAGGUCUCUCAAUGGAUCCCAACAGCAAAAUCCAUUUCGAAGGCGUCGACUAUGAACAAAUGAUCAAGCACCACCGCGGCGAGGUCGCAUAUAACAAGGAGGUCGACUUACACUUCCCUCACUUGACCGUUGGCCAGACACUUUCCUUCGCUGCCCACGCCCGUGCUCCUCAUCAGCGUAUCCAGAACAUGACACGCAAUGAAUACGUCGACGCCAUCACCCAAGUUGUCAUGUCGGUUUUUGGCCUUUCUCAUACCACGAACACCAAAGUCGGCAGUGAAUUCGUGCGUGGCGUGAGUGGAGGCGAGCGAAAGCGCGUCUCUAUCGCUGAAAUGUUCAUCUCUCGUUGCCGCAUCGGAGCUUGGGAUAAUAGCACUCGCGGGUUGGACGCCGCUUCAGCCCUGAAGUUUGUCCGGGCUCUGCGCCUUGCAGCCGACAUGGGAGACUCCUGCCAUGCAAUUGCCGCCUACCAGGCAUCGCAGUCCAUGUUUGAUCUGUUCGACAAAGUGGUGCUGCUCUACGAGGGCCACGAGAUCUACUACGGCCCCCGCGAUCGAGCUGUCUCUUACUUCCAAGAGAUGGGAUGGGUGAGACCUGAGCGUCAGGUCAGCGGUGAUUACUUGACCGCAAUCACCAACCCAACUGAGCGCAAGGCCAUUGCGGGUAUGGAAGAAAAGGUGCCUCGCACCGCGAAGGAAUUCGCCGAGUACUGGAAGAGAAGCCCGGAUUAUCAGGCCCUGCGCAACGAAAUCACCACUUUUGAGCGAGAGCAUCCCCCGAGUGGUCAUGAUGCUCAAAGGCUCCAGGCCAGCCACGAAGAGCAGCAGGCGCGUCACACAAGGUCUCGCAGCCCCUACCUUCUUUCCAUCCCCAUGCAGGUUCGACUGUGCAUGACACGAGCCUACCAGAGAAUGCUCAACGACCUCCCAACCGCCUUGUCUCCGCUUAUUGUCCAGUUGAUUCUGUCGCUCAUCAUUGGAUCCGUCUUCUACAAUACCCCGAACACUUCGAGUUACUUUUUCCAAAAGGGAGCUGUUCUGUACUUUGCAGUCCUCAUGAACGCAUUGUUGACAAUGAAUGAAAUCAUGCAGCUCUACAGCCAGCGACCCGUGGUAGAAAAGCAACAUGGGUAUGCCUUCGUCCAUCCGUUCACCGAGGCUUUAGCCAGCAUUGUGGUGGACCUGCCCAUCAAACUCGUUCGCAUCUCCAUAUUCAGCAUUGUCCUCUACUUCAUGGCCAACCUGCGUCGUGAACCUUCCCAAUUCUUCAUCUUCUAUCUAUUCCUGGUCUUCGCCGUUUUGACAAUGUCCGGUAUCUUCCGCAGCCUGGCAGCUCUUACCAAGUCUAUCGGCCAGGCCAUGGCCUUUGCUGGUAUCAUGGUUCUCUGUAUCGUUGUCUACACUGGCUUCACGCUUCCGCAACCUUACAUGCACCCGUGGCUGUCUUGGAUUCGGUGGAUCAAUCCCAUUUAUUAUACAUUCGAGGCACUGAUUGCCAAUGAGUUUCACGGUCGCGAGUAUGACUGCUCUGCAUUCAUUCCGAGCUACGGAACUGGUACUUCCUUCAUUUGUUCCGCAGUUGGAGCAGUGGCUGGCCAACGCACAGUAUCCGGCGAUGCAUUCAUCGAGCAAAACUACGAGUACACAUACGCCCACAUUUGGAGGAAUCUGGGAAUAUUGAUCGUGUUCAUGAUCUUCUUCAACUCAGUCUAUCUGCUCGCUACUGAAUACCUUGGCGCCGAUAAAUCCAAGGCUGAAGCUCUUGUUUUCCGCCCCGGUCACGCACCCAAAUAUCUGCAGCCUGGCAAUGAUGCCGAAGGAGGCAUUUCGGACCCCAAUUUUCUUGAAGUUCAAAAAACAAAUGACACGAUCGGCCUGCCUCAGCAGAGAGAUGUGUUCUCCUGGAAAUCUGUCAACUAUGAUAUCCCCGUCAAAGAAGGCACUCGUCGAUUGCUCGACAACGUCUCUGGGUGGGUGAAGCCUGGUACUUUGACUGCAUUGAUGGGUGUUUCCGGGGCCGGUAAAACGACUCUGCUAGAUGUGCUCGCUCAGAGAGUCUCUAUCGGUGUCGUGUCUGGAGAUAUUCUUGUGAAUGGACAGCCGCUUUUGCCGAACUUCCCCCGGCGCACUGGCUAUGUGCAGCAGCAGGAUCUUCAUCUCGAUACUACCACGGUGCGAGAGGCACUCCGAUUCAGCGCCAUGCUGCGUCAACCCCGGAGCGUGUCGAAGCAGGAUAAACACGAGUAUGUGGAAUCAGUCAUCAAGGUUCUGGGCAUGGAAGACUUUGCCGAGGCCGUUGUUGGUUCUCUUGGUGAGGGCUUGAAUGUGGAACAACGAAAGUUGCUUAGCAUCGGUGUUGAAUUAGCUGCCAAGCCCACACUCCUGAUUUUCUUGGAUGAGCCCACUAGUGGUCUCGACUCCCAGAGUUCAUGGACCAUUUGCCAGUUCCUGAGGCGCCUCGCAGAUCAUGGCCAAGCCGUAUUGGCCACCAUUCAUCAGCCUAGCGCCACCUUAUUCCAGUCCUUCGAUCGUUUGCUUUUCUUGGCCAAGGGUGGAAAGACUGUAUACUUUGGUGACAUUGGCGAGGAGUCUUCUACUCUUCUGGAGUAUUUUGAGGGCAAUGGAGCCCGGGAGUGCGAAGAAUUGGAGAACCCUGCCGAAUACAUCCUUGAUAUGGUCGCAGGAGACGGGUGUCCUGGCGUGGACUGGGCUCAGGUCUGGAACAAAAGUCCGCAAUACGACGAGGUCCUGACCGAGGUGGAUCGCCUUCAUUCCAUUCGAAGCGGGUCAACCCACGAACCUUUCGAAGACGACAAUAAUGCCGAAUUUGCCAUGCCUUUGCACACACAACUUUGGAUUGUUCUUGGAAGAUGUUUCCAGGGCUAUUACCGGCAGCCAGAUUACAUCUACGCCAAGUUCAUUCUCGGUAUUGCAUCGGGUCUCUUCAUUGGUUUUUCAUUCUGGAAAGCCGACAACUCCGAGCAGGGCUUCCAAAACGUCCUUUUCAGUAUUUUCCUGCUGUGUACUAUCUUCAACACCCUCGUGAACCAGAUCAUGCCUCGCUUCGUCACUCAACGCUCCCUCUAUGAGGUGCGGGAACGUCCGUCUCGCAUCUACUCCUGGAAAGUCUUUAUACUCUCUCAGAUCCUGGUGGAAGUUCCCUGGCAAGUCGCCCUCGGUGUGUGCUCGUGGGCGUCAUUCUACUGGUCCGUUUUUGGUACCGACCAAAACGCCGAACAACGCGGUCUGAUCAUGCUAUUCAUUGUUCAAUUCUUCAUCUACGCCGCCUCCAUGGCCCAGUUCGUCGUCUGCUCUAUCCCAGAACCAACGCUGGGUGCGAUGCUCGCCACUUUGAUGUUCGGUCUCUCGUUCAUCUUCAACGGUGUUAUGCAGCCACCUUCCGCCUUGCCUAGAUUCUGGAUUUUCAUGUAUCGGGUUUCCCCCUUCACUUACUACAUCAGCGGCAUCGCAAGCACAGCCCUUCACGGUCGAUCAGUGACGUGCAGCGCAGCGGAGCUCAGUGUGUUCCCUCCACCGGCGGGACAAACCUGCGAAGAGUACAUGGCGAAGUAUUCAGUGGACAGCACCGGUACUCUUACCGACGCGAGUCGGAAUUCUACCUCGAGCUGCGAGUGGUGCAGUAUGACUUCAGCUGACGAGUACCUGGCGGGCCGCGAGAUCUAUUUUGAUCAGCGCUGGCGAAACUAUGGUAUCUUCUGGUGCUACUUCAUCUUCAAUAUCUUUGGAGCCAUCCUUUUGUACUAUCUGUUCCGCGUGAGGACCUCGAAGGCCAAGGUCGGGAAGGGCAAGAAGUCUGCGUGA